AUGAAGCCUCCGACGCUCCUCCAAACGGUGGAGUCCGACGGCGAGGAGAACGGAGUUGACCUUUUCAAGCGGGAGGUGAAAGAUGCGGGUCGACAAAUGUCCGAUUUAGGGAUCGAGACGGACUCGGAUGAGUGUGACGAAGACGACGGCGACAACGUGACUACGCUGGCCGAGGAUGAGUCUCACUACAUCACCACGCACGCCAUCCGGCUCUCCGAGCUGUCUGACGGCGACUCAGACCCGGGCGCCGGCUCCUCCUCCUCGUCCACGUGGGACACUGAGGACGGUCACCAGGUGUUAUCCUUUGUGGAUUACGCCUCUUUCCGCUGCAACGGAGUGCUGAUGGUGACGAGGGGGCAGGACGUGGCGGGGAGCGCUCUGCGCAAAAGAGAUCCAUCGUUACAAUUUGGCGUCUGCGGCAAGGAUGGUGGACAGGUCCAACUGUCAGUCAAAACCACCCCCCAGGCUCCGAAUGACCCGCUCCCAGAAAGUACGAUUUAUCACGCCAAAGACGCCAGAGAUACUUGCCCCUCGGCGGAGGGGGCAGCGGAUGGGAACAUCGCGGACCCGCGUGAUAGGGCGAAGGUUGCCAUUCCUGCGCCGGCCGGCAAAUUGCAAGCAAAGGAAAGCCCCGAGUAUUCCAGUUGCGCUUCCAGUGAGCUGGACGACACUGACAAGGAGGUGCGCAACCUGACGGCCAGAGCCUUCAAGAGCCUUGCUUAUCCUUACUUGGACGCCAUCGACUUCGGCGCCUCCAGCGAGUCCUCUGCGUCCGAACAGGGGAUCAAUCGCUGGUCCACGUUUGUUGACCUGAAGUACUCCAACAUGAGCCAGAGUCUUGCCUCCCAGCCGACAGCCGAGCCGGAAAGGGGGAAAAAAAAUAGCAGCGACUUUGCUCAGCCGCUGAACGGGGAUGCGGCUCCCCACAGUGCCCUGUCUACGAAGAGAAUAGAACUAACGGGGAAGUUUGGUCAGGGGCAGGGUGGGGUCGUGCGGCUCACUGAGACUCUGAAUUUUCGCUGCAAUGUCAAAUCAGGAAUGUACACGGGAGAAAGGCGUGCCAGCGUCACUCCGAGCCCCACGGGAGCGGGAUCGCAUUCCGUGGAUGAGGUUACCGUCAACAGUUUGCUGGGCGGCAGGGGGAGAGGGGCCACUACUCAGUCGAAAAGCAUGGAGGGCACCCACAAGAAAGCCAUCUUUGCGUCCAGUGUGAUACAAAAUGUGCUUUCCAAAAAGAUGCAGUUUGAGCAGGAGCGCCGCAUGGAAAGGGGCGAGGUGAAGGAAGCUCAUCGCAAGGGGGACUGCCGCCGGACCAGGGGGCUUCAGAGACAGAGCUCCAAACUCUCCGAGACCAACUCCGACAGCGUGGACGACUGGGCCGAUUUUGCGGACUGCGGCUCGAGACGGGGCCCUCGGUCGGAGGUGCCGGGUAAAGCAAUGGAUGGUAAAAGGGGAGGAAUGGAAGUGUCAAAAGGGCCGUUGCUCCGCAGCCAUAACAGCGCCUUCAGAUGCUGGAGGAAUGAGGAGCUAGAGUUUCCGCAGGAUCAUAAAAACCAUCAAACCCCAGAAGAGACGGCGCCUCCAGAGGGAAUAGGGGAUCAGUCCUUGGCCAGCAGUGGCAAACUGACAAAAAUGUCACGUUUGUUUGUGCCAAACAUCCAAUGUGUGGCCAACGGCAGAGAGGUGCAGCGGGAGCUCCAGCUCGAAUCCGACCACACUUUAUACAUAGCGGGCUCAAAAGGUGUCGCCGUGUCCAAAUCUCCAGAAAUCAAAAUUAAUCUCCAGAGCUGUAACGCGGCCGGUUUGAGCACUGCCGAUGACUCUAAAGGCCAGGAGGUCCUGGCUGCAGCUUCGAAGUGUGAUUCUUCCGAUAAAGUGCCGCAUUUUAUGGUUCGAGGCAUUCGGGAUGGUAAAGCUAAGCUGCAGACACCCAUACACCACGUCAGGGAUGUGCGUAAACUGGUUAAAAGCUCGUAUCACUUUGUUUCGUUGGAUCCUGAAUCCGAUUUUGCCUCCACUGACAGCCACCACAACUCUCAGCAUCCUACAUCGACUCCGCAGCCAAUAACCGCUGCGCCGCCAUCUUACGGUACCAAAACCUUUGCCUCCAAGUCUCCUAAACUACCCACAUCCUCAAAAGUCUUCCCACCGAAGACGAGCGGCGAGUCAGAAGAAAUUCUGGCCACGGAGCAGAGUGCCGACAAUCAGAACUACCUAACCAUUCCGGUCAAGUCUCACACCAACAGAAGCAAACAGGGCUUGUCUGUAUUUUCCACCCAGUCCCAUCCAACCGAUCGUCAUUUGCACAUCCCUGCAUCGGGUAGUAAGUCCCAGAGAAGCUCUGGAGCGGCACUGCCGACUCACUCAACUGAGGUCCCGGCCGCGACCAUUUACCACUCCGUGCCUUUGGGUAUGUCCGCAAAUCAGCCACAGGUGUACUGUUUCUCCCCUGCGAUAACCCCCGCACCUGUGCUAGAUUCGUUCCAGGCCACGCAGAGAAAGAUGCUCCUGGAUCCCACCAGCGGAAGCUACUACCUGGUGGACACCCCAGCCCAACCCUCCACACGACGACUCUUGGACCCCGAAACGGGCCACUACGUCGAGAUACCCAUGCUCCAACCUCCCGUGACCCCCGUUCCCAUGACAAUCUCCCCUUUGGCCUUGGGCUCUGCCGCAUACGGACACGCCUACAUGAUUUACCCCGGUUUUGUGACGUCGCCCCCUGUGAUUUCAACCCCGGCGCUAGUUCAGCCGCAAGUGCAGGUCGAGAGCAGUGAGAAAGCGCUGCCCCACCGGUCUGAGGGCAUGUACAUGGAGACCCCCUUAUACAUGACCACCGGGAAGGCCACGGCAGGGGCCCCCAAUGUGGUCAGCAUCGCCAGACCGCGGCAGGGUUUUCCCGGUGGCAAGCAGCCGGUCAUAAGCAUUACGUCGCAGGAGGGCCCUCGGAUUAUUGCGCCGCCUUCAUUUGACGGGACGACAAUGAGCUUCGUGGUUGAGCACAGGUGAAAAGUAGCAGGUCGGAAGACGAGCGUGGCCACGAUGGAAACGCUUCUGGACCGGACCGCGUCGAUCUGAAUGUCUCCUCCCCGGAUGCGUAGUCGAGUGUAUGGAUGUUUUCUACGCCACGAUUGUAAUUUCCAGCGUGACGAGCUUGAAUUACAUAUUCACGUGCACGUGUGCUGCCUCGUGCAUUCUAUACGUACAGUAUGUGAGACGAAAAAGUGGAAAGGAAGAGGAGGAGUCGUACGUCGCAACGUUUGACGGUAAAACGAGCCGGCGUUGCUCCAGAGCCGUGAAGACAUUG